AUGAUGUUAGACGACUACGGAGCGGACGCCAACACAACGGAACAUAGAUCUCGCACACAAAUUUUUCAUGCAAUGCGCACUAAGAACGAGACAAUUAUUCGCACGCUUCUUCUCAACAAGAGAGCGGAUAUCAAUUGGCAAGAUCAACGCAGGCAGACCCCACUGGUAUAUGCCAUUGAAAGGAAUCUUCUGUCUACUGCAUCACUUUUACUGGAUUUUAAUCCAUGUCUGAAUAUAACGGAUGACAAGAACCGGUCUGCUAUUUGGUACGCCAUCGCGUUCUGCGAUGAGAACCUGGUGCAAGUCCUUCUGGAACGGGGUAGCGAUAUACGAACGCCAGAUUACAAACGAUUUUCGCCAUUCAGCCUUGCUAUUGCCAAGAAAACCCCGAGAAUUACCCGGCUGUUACUCCUACAUUCAGAUCCCAAUUCAAGAAAGACCCUAUUGGAGGAUGUCACUAUCAGAAACCGUCUGCUCCGUCAGGCUGUACAGGCAAGCCUUCAUGAUCUCAUCGCGCUACUCGUUGCCCAUUUUGCAGAUCCCAAUUCUAGAAAUAGAGAUGGUCAGAGACUGUUGCAUCAAGCCACGAAAAAGGGUGACAGGGAGGUAGUCCAACAAUUGCUCGCCUAUGAAGAGAUUUCCAUCAAUGCAAGGGACAGACGGUCCUGCACUCCUCUCCACAUCGCAGCAGAGCAUGGAUGCACGUCGGUAGCCAAGUGUCUGCUGGCCAAAUGCGGUACAGAUUCCAACGCAAGAGACAGUUACGGUCGCACCGCCUUCCACCUCGCAGCAGAAUAUGGCAAUAAGUCGAUCACAGGGCUUCUUUUAGCCUAUGGUGCUGUGGAUAUCAAUGCUCCAGAUGCUAUUGGAGCAACUUAG